CCGUGCAGCCCAAGCUGUUACAUGAUGGCUGGUAGUGAACAAGUGAAAGUAAAACUUAUUUUGACAAUAAGUGAGACUUUUAAAGCAAAAAGUAAUGAGAAUUUCCCUAAAAUAUUUACCUGGCGCAUUUAUCUUGUCCAAAACGUGAUAAUACAUACAUUAUAUACACAAUAAAACUACACACAUCUAAAAGAAUCAAAACCACUAAUUAUGAUUCCAUUUGUAGCCACCUGGUGAGUGACGUGAGUGACUCUUUGAUUGGGAGGGGAGGAGAUAAAGGCUUGCAGGUGUUCCCCGUGCUGGUGGUUCCCGAAAUUCAGGACAGGAAAGAACGCUGGUUCCAAUCGGCGUGUGAGUGGACGCUACACGGGUGUUGCUGGAGCUUGUGGGGCGGCCACGCAGUCCUUGGGGUGGCGUCCAGAGGGAGACGCGCAGCGAUCGUGUAUAUGAUAAUUGACAGGGCAGGAGCCGUUCCGGGGGGUGCCGGAGGUUCUUGCAGCGAUCCAUCUGCACCGGCCACACUCGCAAAGGCAGCUCCUGGUUGUCCGACGUCUGCCACGUUGACCCCGGUCCCUGGUGAUCUGGCACAGAUCAUACCUGCCUCAGCUCCUGGUGGUCUGACCACGUCUGCCUCAGCUCUUGGUGAUCUGGUACAGAUCACAUCUGCCUCAGCUCCUUGUGGUCCGGCACGGAUCACAUCUGCCUCAGCUCCUGGUGGCUCGGUCCCGGCCACGCUCGUCUCAGCUCCUGGUGGCUCGGCUCCGGCCACGCCUGCAUCGGCUCCUGGUGGCUCGGCUCCGGCCACGCCUGCAUUGGUUCCUGGUGGUCCGGCUCCAGCCACGUCUCCACGUCUGUCCUCGCCUCUGGUCCCUGCUUCGUCUCUGGUUCCGGCCUCGUCUCCACGUCUUUCCUCGUCUCUGGUUCCGGCCUCGUCUCCACGUCUGUCCUCGUCUCUGGUUCGUCUGCCGAAUUGGUGGCCUCGCCCUCGUCACCUCCUGCCGGUUGGGUGGCGCUGCCUCCUGCGGCCCCGACGAUGGCGGAGCCGAGGCGGACAUCGCCUUCGAUUUGUGGCAGACAAACUGCUGCAACUUAAAUUUGCAUCUCUACAAUAA